AUGGACGUUUGGAAAGGUGCUCCUCGUGAAAUAAGGUUGUUUGUGCUUGCAAUCUCAACUGACGAGGUGAAGUGGACAUCAGAUGCGGAGAGGCGAGUGCGAAAUCCGGCAAAGGCCUCAUCAUGCAAAACCUCCACUUCUGUUCACCGCCGCAACGGCACUACGAGCGACAAUGGUGCGCAUCGCCAGCGCUCUGGCGAGUCCGCCUCUCGCUCCUCUCGCAACGGUCACGACAAACAGAGCAAUGACCGUAAACGGCACAACUCGCGUCAUCUGAACACCGUUGGCAUUAUGGAUAACAUUCUUGCAGGCAAGAGGCCUUAG